CAUACGGCCAACUAGCUAUGAUUAAGUUAAUAGCUACAAGAAUCUACUAUAUUAAUUCUUGUUAAAGUUGAUAGAAACGACCAAGAAUCGAUUAUAAAAAGCAUCCAUUUCUUGCCAUUGCUGGUCCUGGUUGGUUGAUUCUUCAUUGUCUUCAUUAGAGUACCUAAACGCUUUCUUCAUCAUCAAUUCAUCAUAAACAUUUCCCUUCACUCCUCUCUUUUCUGCCUAAACCAUCAAAGUUAGAUUUUCAAUUCAGUCUUUUGUCAAUGGAAACUCUUCUGAGGCCGUCUCCAUUUCUUGCACUUUCAACUUCUCAUCCUCCAAUAUCAUGUUCAUCACUGAACCCUCGAUUUGUUUCUCCUAAAACCAAAACUUCUGCAAGAAACGUUCGUAACAGAGUCAGAAGCAGCAAGUUUAAUUCCUUUCUUGACUUACAGCCUGCAUGGAAACCUGAACCUUUAGACUUUGAUGUAUCGUGGCUUGAUCCUUCUGAUCGUCGCUUUGAUUUGAUCAUCAUUGGAGCUGGACCAGCUGGUUUAAGACUAGCUGAGCAAGUAUCAAGAUACGGGAUUAAGGUAUGCUGCGUGGACCCUUCACCAUUAUCUAUGUGGCCAAAUAACUAUGGAGUUUGGGUUGAUGAAUUUGAAAGUUUAGGCCUUGAUGAUUGUUUGGACAAGACAUGGCCCAUGUGUAGUGUUUAUAUCAACGAUCACAAGACUAGGUACUUAGACCGUGCCUAUGGUAGAGUAAGUAGAAAGGAACUCAAGAUUAAAUUGUUAAGUGGUUGUGUUUCAAAUCAAGUCAAGUUUCACAAGGCUAAGGUUUGGAAAAUAGAGCAUCAAGAAUUUGAGUCUUCUGUUGUUUGCACUGAUGGAAGUGAGCUGAAGGCAAGUUUGAUCGUUGAUGCAAGUGGAUAUGCUAGUCCUUUUAUUGAGUAUGACAAGCCGAGAAACCAUGGUUAUCAAAUUGCUCAUGGAAUUUUAGCAGAAGUUGAUAAUCACCCCUUUGAUUUGGAUAAGAUGGUUCUGAUGGAUUGGAGAGAUUCCCAUCUAGGAAGUGAACCAGAUUUGCGCAAAGAUAACUCAAAGAUUCCAACUUUUCUGUAUGCGAUGCCAUUUUCUUCAAAUUUGAUAUUUCUUGAAGAGACCUCUCUCGUUGCCAGGCCUGUGUUGUCGUAUAUGGAGGUUAAGAAAAGGAUGGUGGCAAGAUUGAGACACUUAGGCGUUAAAGUAAGGAGUGUUAUAGAGGAAGAGAAGUGUUUCAUUCUGAUGGGAGGGCCACUGCCUAAAAUCCCUCAAAGUGUGAUGGCAAUUGGUGGAAAUUCAGGCAUAGUGCAUCCUUCAAGCGGCUACAUGGUGGCGCGGACAAUGGCUUUAGCACCGGUGUUAGCUGAUACAAUUGCAGAGUGCCUAGGCUCAACCAGAAUGAUUAGAGGGACUCCACUUUAUGAUCGAGUGUGGAAGGGCCUUUGGCCUGUUGAGAGGAGACGUAUCAGAGAAUUCCACUCUUUUGGCAUGGAGACCUUACUGCAACUCGACUUAAAUGGGACUAGAAGAUUUUUUGAUGCUUUCUUUGAUUUAGAUCCUCACCACUGGAAAGGGUUUAUGUCUUCAAAUUUAUCACUAAGGGAGCUUGCCAUGUUUUGCCUGUCUCUGUUCGGUCAUGCCUCAAAUCCUUCCAGAUUGGACAUGGUCACCAAGUGUCCAGCCCCUUUGGUCAGAAUGAUCCGUAAUAUGGCACUUGAAACCAUUUGAUUCUGCAAAAUUAUUUUUCAUUUUCAGGAAAGACAGUGAUGAAAUAAUUUUGUUAUUUUGCAGAACUUUGUAUUUGAUGGAAUGAUUGUAUGAUUAUUGCUGUCAUGAAGUUUCACUAGAAGUUUAGGAUUAGUCAAGUAUGCAUUAUCUUCAGACAUUUCCAAUUCA